AAAAAUGGAAAAGAGGAGAAGGGAGUGAAGUGGGUCAGAGGCACACGUUUAGAAGAGGCAAUUCCAUGUGCCCACAUGGAUGAGGGAAACAGGAGAACCAAGGAACAACAGCACGAAGAAGACGAUUAAUCAAUCAAUAACAACCAACACAACUCAAACCCUAAUAUUUCUCAUCUUUAAUUAUUAUUUUUCUCGCACUUAACCCAAUUAUCAUAUUAUAUACCUAAAUUAUCAGAAGAUAGAAGAAUUAGAAGAAGAUGAAGGAAAGCAGUGAUGGUUUUGUAAGAGCGGAUCAGAUUGAUCUGAAGAGCAUAGAUGAACAGCUUGAGAGGCAUCUCAACAAGGUGUUGACUAUUGACAAGAAAAAGCGCGUUGAAGAAGAAGAUUCUGCUACUUCUGCUACCUCUGAUCACGUUCGUGUUCACACCAGCGCCACUACUUCUCCAACAUCCAUCAAGUUCAAAACUAACUUCAAGAAGCAAAAACAAGAAUGGGAAAUUGAUCCUUCCAAACUUAUCAUCAAGAGUGUUAUUGCUCGUGGCACUUUUGGCACUGUUCAUCGUGGUGUCUAUGAUUCUCUAGAUGUUGCUGUUAAAUUGCUUGAUUGGGGUGAAGAAGGCCAAAGGACAGAAGCUGAGGUUUCUUCACUGAGGGCAGCCUUCAUACAGGAAGUUGCUGUUUGGCAUAAACUUGAUCAUCCCAAUGUCACUAAGUUUAUAGGGGCAACAAUGGGAUCUGCAGAAUUGCAGAUUCAAACUGAUAGUGGCCUAAUUAGCAUGCCAAACAAUGUCUGUUGUGUUGUUGUGGAGUAUCUUGCUGGAGGUACGUUGAAAUCAUACCUAAUAAAGAACAGAAGGAGGAAAUUAGCUUUUAAGGUUGUCAUCCAGCUGGCGCUUGAUUUAGCAAGAGGGCUGAGUUAUCUUCACUCUCAGAAGAUUGUCCACAGAGAUGUGAAGACAGAGAACAUGCUGCUGGAUAAGACUCGCACGGUUAAAAUUGCUGAUUUUGGGGUUGCACGAGUGGAAGCAUCAAAUCCCAAUGAUAUGACUGGGGAGACUGGAACUCUUGGUUAUAUGGCUCCAGAGGUUUUAAAUGGAAACCCCUAUAACAGGAAAUGUGACGUGUACAGUUUCGGCAUCUGUUUAUGGGAGACAUAUUGUUGUGACAUGCCGUAUCCUGACCUAAGUUUCUCAGAAAUUACUUCAGCUGUUGUUCGCCAGAAUUUGAGACCAGAAGUACCAAGAUGCUGCCCAAGUUCUCUUGCAAAUGUAAUGAAGAAAUGCUGGGACGCCAGUCCUGAUAAGCGGCCAGAGAUGGAUGAGGUAGUUUCGAUGCUGGAGGCCAUUGACACAUCCAAAGGUGGAGGUAUGAUCCCUAAUGAUCAGCAGCAGGGUUGUUUUUGCUUCCGCAAGCAUAGAGGGCCAUGAAGUUCUAUUAUGUAGUCCACAGCAAACAAUUUGGUCUAAGUGGUUUUUCACUAUUUGAAGAAUCAAAUUUGUAUCUAUGGUGAGAAUACAGAAAUUGGAUACUGUAAUGAAAUGAGGGAAAUACACAGUAGCAGGUAUAGGUUGGAGGAGCUGUGGUUUGAUGUGUAAAGCUGUACCUCUGAUUUUCUUUUACUCUUACCUUUUUUUUUUCUCCACCUUGGUUUGAGUUUUGUGGGUAUGAGUAUUAAUUUCAGCCAAUGUUGAGGAUUGGCAUUGUUGCCUCCUAGUUGGAUCUUCAUUAUAUUAUACUAUAUAUUAUAUACUGAUGCAAACUUGCAAUCAUAAUUGAUGUGAUUAAGUUGGAUCCA